AUGAUUUUUCAUAUGAAUUAUAUAAUGUAUAUAUUCAAAUUGAUUAAGAUUUUAUAAAUUAUUUAGGCUGAAAAUUUGGAUAAUUGCGUAAAGAUAUUUGUAAUAGAAUCCCAUUAGGAUAUUGGAAAAAUAUUUGUUUUGGAAGAGUAUAAUGAAGAUGGGAAUUUGUGUAAUUUUAUUGAAUAAACUAUUAAUAAUUUUAAUAUUGAUUUGAUUAUAAAGUGCUUAAUUGAUAUCAUUAAAGGUUUAUUGUAAUUAUCCAAAUAUAAAUACAUGCAUAGAGAUAUUAAACCUUAAAAUAUAGUAUUUGAUGGAACAAAAUUCAAACUUAUAGAUUUUGAAACCUCCAAAUGUUAUGGUUAAGAUCUCACAAUAUAUCAGUCUUGCAUAGGGUAAAUGCAAUAAUUUCAUUUAGUACUAAAACUUGUAUAGCACCAGAAAUUUAACUUCAACUUUAAUAUUCAUCCAAAUGUGAUAUUUGGAGUGUUGGAUGUGUGCUUUAUUAUAUAUUGUAUAAAUAAUUUCCUUUUUAAAAUUAUGAUCGAGGAUAAAUAUUAAAAUAUUAUUAAAGAAAUGAAAUGUUAAAACUCCCAUCAAAUCUCAAUAAAGAAUUGAAUGAUUUACUAUAACAAAUGCUUAAACCUAGAGAAAUUGAUAGAAUUAGUAUAAAUGUUCUAUAUUUUUAAUUGAAGAUGAUUAAAUUGUUAAUCAAAUUAAAAAUAAAUGAUCCCGAAGAUAAUCUUGUCUCUUUUAUUGAUAGGAUAAAAUUUAUUAUACAAUCUGAAUUAGAUUAAGAUAUUUGCAAAAAAAUAUAUACUUGUUUUAAGGCAGUUCUUAAUUAAAAAGUAAAUUCAAAAAAUGAAAACUAUAAAACAAAAUAAUCUUUGAAAAUAGCUGUUUAAGAAAUUAUUAGAGAAUUUGAAAAUGAGAAAAUUUAUUUAGAUUUGAUGAAAUUGAUUAAAUAAUAAAUAUAGGAAUGA